AUGGAAGCCGGUUACCCGCCCGGACGGAAGAGGGCUGGGGCCGGGGGCCUUGUGGGAGGAGGUGAUGCCUUCAUUUCGCAGAUGAAGCAGCCAAGCGUUGGAGAAAGCAAUGUGCUGGCUGGCCUUGCAGGGACUCGGGGCGGUGGGGGCGGGGGGGUGGAGGAGACGGAGGAGCAAACCCAGGCUGGACCGUGCAGGGGCGAGGCUGGUGCCCAGGGCCCCCCCGGACCGGAGGAGGAGCCCCCGUCAGUUCUGCCUGCGCCGCAGAGACCAGGGAGGCCGUCGGCGAUGGCCCGUGAGCCGGUCCAGAAGGAUGGGAAGGAGUUCAUCCUGAAGACGACGGAAGGGAGACUCUACCAAGGAAGGACCCGCAGGACAGUAAUAAUCAGUGACCUCGUUUCUGGCGCACCUCCUGAAGGCUCCAUGAAACCUCCUGCGUCCAAAGGCCAGCGCACGCUCUGGGCGGGAAGAGCUUGCGAAAGUCACCUGGUGUGCAACUCUCACGCCGGUGGAAUCCCCGCCGCGGCCUCCCCGCACGGAGCCGUCGCCCCACCUAGGAACCACAGCGUCCUCAGCGGAGCGGUCCGCCAGGGCUUGGCAUGGGGCGGGGGCGGGACACGUCCGGGGAAACAGACGGAGCACAAGCCCUCGGCUGCGUCUUCCCGGCCCGUCCGCCCUCCGCUCCCACCCAGGAAAGCCUCUCUUCAGGCUCUGCGGGCCGCCCACCCAGACCUGGAAACGGAAACGUGCUGCCGCCUUGUGGACACGUCCUGUAACAACACCUUGAAAACCACCGCUUCUGGGCGCUGGGUACUCAUAGAGGCUGGGGUCCCGGAAAUGACCCCCUGCCCCCAGAAAUGUCCAGAGCUGGUCAUCAGAAACAGUUCAAUAAAGAACCCCGUUCACGAAGCAAAUUUCACGAGCUGA